AUGGCGCUGCGCGGGCCAGCGUCUAUGCUGCAACAGCAGCAGCAGCAGCACACGCAGCAGCAGCAGCACAUGCAGCAGCAGGAGCAGCUGCAGCAGAGGGAAGGCGCCCUCAGCAGCAGCAGCUGCGGGCAGCUAGGACCAGAAGCACUGGGAUACGAGCAGCGAGCUCAAAACAAAGCAGCAGCAAUAGCAGCAGCAACAGCAGCAACAACAGCAGCAGCAGCAACAGCAGCAACACUUAUGGCAGCUGCAACAGCACUACUCAUAGCGGCAGCAGUCACAGCAGCAGCAGCCAUCGCAGCAGAAAUAGCUGCAGCAAGUAUAGCAGCACCCACAGUAGCAACAGCGGCCACAGCAGCAGCAGUCACAGCACCAGCAAGCAUAGCAGCAGCAAUUACAGCAGCAGCAGCAGCGACAGCAGCAGCAGCAGCAGCAGCGACAGCAGCAGCAGCAGCAGCAACAGACCCAUGGAGGUAA